AUGACGUCUCAAGGAGCAGAUGUUAUGGAUGUAAUAAGUCAAUAUUUGGAGAAACAUGGACUUAUGUGGCAAAAGCUUGCGGGAUUUUGUACGGACGGUGCUCCUGGUAUGCUUGGUUCCCCUUCUGGUCUUGCAGCGUUGAUAAAAACAAAAAAUCUAUCUGCAAUUACGACGCACUGCGUUAUUCAUCGUCAAGCAUUAGCUGCCAAAACGCUCCCGGAAUGCUUUACUAUUGCGAUGAAAACAGUUAUAAAAGUAGUUAACUUACUUAACAAGAGUGCACUUAAUACUCGUCUCUUCAAAUGA